CCUAUUUGGCUUGGCGAAAUUGUUUUGUACUUACAACGGUCUUCGGAUAGUAGCACUAGAUUCUCGCUGUAUACAUAACCUAGAGGCCCUUGGCGGGUUGCUCAACAUCAAGCUAUGCCGUGUAGCACUGUAUAAAAUCUACCCUUUUUCUAAUGGACCAGUAUCAUUUAGCACCCCAAGUGCGUUAUCGGGCAGGUCGCGAGGAUUCAAAAGGGCAUGUCACAACGUCCUCAAGUCUCGAUGGAGAUCUAGGUUACCAUACUCCUGCAUGGACAACGAUGGACGCAGCAAAAGAUACCCGUACUCCCCAAAAGCUUGUGCUGUGUUUCGAUGGCACGGGCAAUAGAUUCAGAGGUGACGAUAGCGACAGUAACAUCUUGAAGAUAUUCAGAUGUCUGGAUCGGGAAUCAGGUGGUCAAUAUCACUACUACCAACCGGGGAUAGGGACGUAUGUCGUGUCUAACUCGCUGUCCCACACAAGUCUAAGUGCUAGAAUCCGAUCGUGGUACUUGAAGGCUAAAGACUCUGCCGUCGGCUCGAGCUUCGACCACCAUGUAGUGGGCGGAUAUCGAUUCCUCAUGCGUUUCUAUGAGCCAGGCGAUGAGAUCUACUUUUUCGGCUUCUCCCGGGGGGCCUAUGUAGCCCGCUUCCUAGCGGAGAUGCUUGACUACAUCGGUUUACUCUCGCAUGGAAAUGAAGAGAUGGUUACCUUUGCCUGGAAAGCAUUUUCUCAGUGGCAGAGUCGCCAGUCUGACCAGACCGAAGAACAUCAGGCGAAACGACAGGAGAUGUAUCGCUUCAUGAAAGGAUUUCGAGAGACAUUCAGCCGUCCUGUGAAGAGAAUCCGAUUUUUGGGUCUAUUCGAUACUGUCAACUCCGUCCCUCGAUUCGAGGCUGCGUGGAUGCAAAGGUCGAAAAUACCAUAUACUGCGAGAAGCAGUGCCAAGGUCAUUCGACAUUGUGUAUCCAUAGACGAACGUCGCGCAAAGUUCAGACAGGACCUUAUUUACCAAGGGGUUAGUAAGGAUCAUAAAACACACCGGCACUUGCACGAAGUUAUGCACGAGAAGUAUCGCACAAGGCAAGGUGCAGUCUCGGGGUUGGCACCGAGUAACAAGCCAGAGAGAGGGCGAUGCGAGACCUUAGCCCCCCCUAAUGAACAUACGUUCCGGCCCCAUUCCCGUUCCCGAUCCCGGGCAACGAGAAGCUCUGUUGACAGAACGAGCCAAGUCGGUGAUGAUAAGCCGGGAAUUGCUCAUAUGACAGACAUUGACAAGGAUUCGGAUGAUGAUGAUGAACAAGACAUCGACGAGAUCUGGUUUGCCGGCGGCCACGGCGACGUUGGAGGUGGAUGGGAGAUCAUGCCAGACACCAAAUCUGCGAGCCACAUACCCCUUACCUACAUGAUCAGAGAAGCGCAACGAGCAGGUCUCAAUUUUGAUCCCGAGAAGCUAGUUGAGAUGGGCGUCACCGAACCUUCUGAUGAGUCUAACACUAACGCCCACCACGACGGGGCUGUUCCUGACAUUCGCGUUGAGAAGUCAAGCCCAACAAGCCAAACUUCACCCUGCCUUGAUAUCCAGCCUACGCAUCGGGAUCACUUCAAUUUUACAGGCGACGAAGAAAAGAAAGAGCAAAGCGAACAGAACGUGCGGUCAUUCCAUCGGAUGCUUCACAAAGCCCAUUUGGCCAGAAUCCACGACUCUCUGCAGUUUGCAUCUGGCUUGACUAAAGGUCAGGUGAUAACCUGGAAUAUAAUGGAGUAUAUGCCAUUCCGGCGAAUGGAUCUCCAAGCAGACGGAUCGUGGAAGCCAAUCCGUUGGCCACUUCCAUGCGGUGAAGUGCGAGAUAUUCCCCAUACAGCCAGAAUACAUGGUUCGGUAAUCCGUCGCAUGAAACAAGAUAACGCCUACCGCCCCGGGAAUCUCAUUAUUGGUGGCGGCGGACGCGGAAAGCGCAUAGCCCCCGAGUCCUAUGGUAUUGGUAAAUGGAAAUGCGUCCAAGAUCACGAAGAUCCCGUAGGCGAGGUUUGGGUCAGAGAUACAACUGCCAACGCCGAGUCAUGAAGUGAAUAUCUAUGAGUUGAUAGUAGAGAAAUUGAAUAUUGCAUAGACCCCUUUCCAUGUAAUACUCGUCACUAAACCGGACAUUAACUUAUACCUCCUCUCUUGGUUUCAAUUACGAUCCCAAUUGACUCGUCCACCUCCCCAAAUCAUUUCACUCAAUACGAGAAAACUGAUCCAUGC